AUGGGUCGCAGAAAGAUCGAGAUCAAGGCCAUCAAGGACGACCGGAACCGCUCCGUCACCUUCCUCAAGCGCAAAGGCGGCCUAUUCAAGAAGGCGCAUGAGCUCUCUGUGCUGUGCUCGGUAGACGUUGCCGUCAUCAUCUUCGGCCAUAACAAGAAGCUGUACGAGUUCUCGUCUGGCGACAUCAACGAAACCAUUGGCCGGUACCAAUAUUAUGGCGGCGCACACGAACACAAAGGUCCAGAGGACUUUAUGGGCAAAAAGGACGGCGACGACGACGAUGAUGAGGACGAAGAGGGCGGCGCGCUUCCACGCGACUCGCACACCCCACCCGAGCAUGCCAUGAUCCCUCCUCACAUGCAACACUCGCAAUUCCAGCACAUCAGGCAUGGCGCCCCGUCCAUGUCACCACCCAUUGGGAAUGGCAUGCCCUUUCAGCAGCGAGGACCCUCGCCGCAACCUCCCCACCACCUCUCGCGACCAAACUCGAGAGUCGGCCACAUCCGCCGGCCCAGUUCAAACCUCGCGCCUCCGCAGCCGUACCCGUCGCAAGCACCGCCGCCGCCCAACAACUAUGCUUACAUACCAAAUCCUCCCUUUUACAACCCCCAGGCUGCCCAGCAGAUGGCUCCCAAGCCUCAACCCACACCCCCAGCCACCCAGUACCAAUUCACACACCCCAUGCCCACACAUUCGCAGGUUCAAUAUAUGCAACAUGAGCAGCAACGCCGCCAAUCAAUGCCACCCACGUUUCAACAGCAGCAACAGCAACAACAGCAGCAACAGCAACAACAGCAGCAACAUCAACAGCAGCAACAGCAUCAGCACCAGCAAGAACAGCAAGCACAGCAGGCGCAAGCUCAAGCACAGGCUCAGGCACAAGUAGUACAGCAGCAACAACAACAACAACAGCAACAGCAACAGCAACAGCAACAGCAGCAGCAACAACAGCCGCCGCCGCCGCCACCUCCACAAGUGUCUCAGCCACAGCCAGAGCGCCCGCAACCACCCACUUUAACGGUCCCAUCUCCGCAAAAUGAUUUCCAAAGCCCGCCUCUGCCACAGCCAAAGCCUCUUCAUGCGUCCGCUAGGCACAGCAUCUUCACGCCCAUUGAUGACAGCCAAUCCAUGCUUGCAGCGCAUUGGGGAAGUAGCAGCAGCAGCAAUAUCAAUGCCAACGCACCACGCGGAGACAUUCCUUUCAUCAAACAGGAGAAUCGUUCACAGUCCAUUGACGUGGCUUCCAUGUCGCGGUCGCAACCAAACGGGGAGCCUAAACCUCAGCCCCAGCCCUCACCAUUGUCCAUGCAGCAAGUGCCACAACGAACACAAUCCACGUCUUCAAUGCCAGCCAUCCCACCGCCAACGCGAACCAACAGUCUGCGCAUGGGUGAGAGUAAGCCGAGACUGAGAGUGCAGAUCCCUAGCGAACACUCGGAUGCUGGCAGUGCUACUGCCGACUCCUCUCCAAAGGAUUCUGGCACAACAGGUGCAACCCCUGGACGAAGCACUGAUGCAUCACAUUCUUCUGGUGUCGUCUUACCGCCUCCUUCACCCAGCGCCAACUCACUACUAAGUGCUGGUGCGACUGGUCCCCCGAAUCCCUUUGCUCGUCCUCCACCGCCAUCGAACAGUAAUUCGUAUGGAAGUCGCAAUGAUAUGGAAACCCCAAUCUCGGCACUUCCCAGCCGUUUUGUUGAGAACGGACUACUUCCCUCGCCUUCGAGCUUUUACCCCGAGUGGGGUUUUGGCCGCGACUCCAACAUGCUGCCAAGUCCCUUGACAUUCCAAACACCAGUAGCCCCGAACGGACCGAGUUUCGCGCGCGAUGACUCUGCAGAUCGUAAGCGGAAGACGUCUGACCAGGGCUCAGAUGAUGGAAGUCAGAAGAGGGUCAAGACUUGAGCGAUUUCUUUGCUCGUGCAGUUGUGCAGCGCUGUAUUUGUACUGGCAUAUGUUUGGUUUUACUCUUCAUCUUGUUUGGUAUUCACUUGAGAGCUAGCGACGCUCGAUGCAUACCUUUUACCCAUACAUUCUUGAUUUUCUGUAGGUUUUGGCAGGGGCGUUGGAUACCCACGAUAUUUUGUCCUCACUUCUGUUCACAAUUUGACGAUUGCACUUAUGGUAUUCUUCGGCAUACCAAACCAUUGCAUGAUGACGAAGAAGAAGACGGGUGGAGAGAAGCGUAAAUUCUUUUUUUGUAGAUAAUCAAAUGACAAGUCGGAUGUUGUCCAGAAAA